AUGCCGGAGCCUGAUAACGACGGCGACCGGAGUUUGACGGAGCUCAUCUCCUCUCUCCUCGACCGUAUCCCCAAGCUUCUCAGCUUCAAGUGCAAAUGGUCUUCGAUUCGCGCCAAACUCGCCGAUCUCAAGACUCAGCUCGCCGAUUUCUCCGAUUUCGCCGGCUCUUCUUCAAACCAGCUAGCUAUGGAUCUUCUUAUCUCGGUUCGGGAGACGCUACACGACGCUGUCUCCGUCGCGGCGAGGUGUGAGGGAGCGAGUUUAUCUGAGGGAAAGCUCAAGACGCAGAGUGAGGUCGAUUCAGUCAUGGCGAGGCUUGAUCGCCAUGUGAAAGAUGCUGAGGUUCUGAUUAAGAGUGGUCUUCUUCAGGAUAACGGAAUCGUCUCGAGAUUUUCGAUUUCGUCUAAGAAGGAAGCUGUUCGAUUAGAAGCGAGGAAUCUGGUUAUCCGAUUGCAGAUCGGUGGGCCGGAAUCGAAGAAUUUCGCGAUUGAUUCGUUGCUUGAGCUUCUACAGGAAGACGAUAAGAACGUGAUGAUCUCAGUAGCUCAAGGAGUUGUUCCCGUUUUGGUUCGGCUGCUCGAUUCGUGUUCUUUGGGUAUGAAGGAGAAGACAGUAGCCGUAAUUUCUCGAAUCUCGACGGUGGAGAGUAGUAAACAUGUGUUGAUAGCUGAAGGAUUGUCUCUACUGAACCAUCUCCUUCGCGUACUUGAAUCAGGAAGUGGAUUCGCUAAGGAGAAAGCUUGUAUUGCUCUGCAAGCUUUAAGUUUCUCCAAGGAGAACGCGAGAGCAAUCGGUUGCAGAGGAGGAAUCUCUUCUCUGCUUGAAAUCUGCCAAGCCGGAACACCUGGCUCUCAAGCUUUCGCCGCCGGCGUAUUGAGGAACUUGGCUUCGUUUGCAGAGACGAAAGAAAAUUUCGUAGAGGAGAACGCGGUUUUCGUUCUUAUCUCUCUCGGUUCUUCAGGUACGCCUCUUGCACAAGAGAAUGCAAUAGGAUGUUUGGCAAAUUUAACAUCUGGAGAUGAGGAUAUGAUGAUAUUGAUUGUUAGAGAAGGAGGAAUCAAGUGCUUAAAGAGUUUCUGGGAUUCUGUUUCCAAUGCUAAGAGUCUCGAGGUAGGAGUUGUUCUUCUGAAGAAUCUUUCUUCGUGCCCUAUUGUAAGAGAGGUUGUAAUCUCCGAAGGAUUCAUCCCUCGUUUGGUUCAAGUGUUGAGCUGUGGGGUUCUUGGUGUGAGAAUCGCAGCUGCAGAAGCUGUUUCUUCGCUCGGUUUCAGCUCGAAAAGCAGGAAAGAGAUAGGAGAAAGCGGAUGCAUUGGUCCAUUGAUUGAUAUGUUAGAUGGUAAAGCCAUUGAAGAGAAAGAAGCAGCUUCUAAAGCUUUAUCGACGCUUUUGGUUUGCACUAGCAACAGAAAGAUUUUCAAGAAGAGUGAGAAGGGUGUACUUUGUCUUGUUCAGCUCUUGGACCCGAAGAUCAAGAAACUUGAUCAGAGAUACACAGUCUCUGCUUUGGAACUUCUUGUAACUUCUAAGAAAUGCAGGAAACAAGUCGUUGCUGCUGGUGCUUGCUUGCAUUUACAAAAGCUUGUGGAGAUUGAUGUUGAAGGAGCUAAGAAAUUGGCUGAUAAUCUCGCUCGGAGUAAGAUUUGGGGCGUCUUUGCAAGGCCAUAA